CCAUCCUGAAUAUAACAUUAGCAGGUUUCCAUGUUCGACUUGUUUGGCCUGGGAGCGGCGGAGUAAACAGAUAUCACACAUUAUUGGUACAGUAACCGGCGUUUGACAGGAUGUCAGGAUGGCGAGCGUUGCCGGACACCUGCCGGACAGCCUGGUGCUGGAGAUCUUCCUGCGUCUCCCCCAUGCGACGGUGCUGAACGCCGGCCUGACGUGUCGCCAGUGGUUCGCUGUCUCUAGAGACGAGUUCCUGUGGAGGGAGCUGUUCUAUAGCUACUACCGUAUCCCACGCGCUGUACCUCGCCACCCAGCGGCCGUGUCUUGGUACAGGGAGUUUAAACGGCUCUAUGACUGCAUUCCCUGUGUGGAGGUACAGACUCUGAGGGAACACCAUGACCAGGUUCUGCAUUUGGCCUUCUCUCAUAGCGGACAUCGCUUCUCGUCCUGCUCCAAAGAUUGCACCGUCAAGCUUUGGGACACCGAGCGCCCCGAUGGCACCAUCUCUCUGGUGCACAGCUCCAGCAUGCGUAAGUUUAACUGGGGCUACACGCAGUUCUCCCAGUUCAACAGCGACGAUACUCUGCUGCUGGUUUCGGGGGUCUACCUGGGACCACACCACUCCUCCUCUGGAGAGAUCGCAGUCAUCAGUUUAGAGAACUACACGUUGCUCUCGCGAGUGAGGAACAAGCCCUAUGAUGUUUUUGGGUGCUGGCUAAACGAGACUCAUCUGAUUUCUGGCAACCUGCAUUGGAUCGGCAACAUGACCUCGUGCACCGUGCUUUGGCUCAACAAAGCUUUCCAGGACAUCGAGUCUGAAAAUGUCAACGUGGUCAAGCGACUCUUCAAGAUCCAGAACGUCAACGCCAGCACCAUUCGCACGGUGAUGGUGGCCCACUGCCGACGGCACGACACGCCCGACCUGCUGCUCGACUACGAGGCGCAAUCUCAGGCCCAAGCGCGAGCCCAGCAACGACACAACGGAGAAUCCCAACACCACCAGCCACUGCUUUUCAACUUGGGAGCGUCGGACAGUGAGGAAGAUGACUACGAGAGAGACGAAGAAGGCGAAGAGCAUGCUGAAACGAGGCACUCUGUCCACGUGCCCCAUGUCAACCCAUCCAGACCGGAGCACAUCAGACAUAGUGGAAGCGCUCACGAGCAUGAACUGGAGGCGCGAGUGGCUCGGCUCAUGGGUAGCAGUCGCACCAAAGCGUCCGAUCCUAGCCUGGUAGCACCUUCUGCCCCUGGGGAGGGAGAGGACAAGACAUACUUACUGUUUACCACAGGCAGCCUAACAUACUCACCUCACCAGAUAGGUAUUAAACGCAUUAUGCCUGAUCAGAUGACUACGUGUGGACCUGUACUAGGGGAAGAGCGCAGCGCUGAGGAAUUUUUUGAUUCACUAGAUCAUGUGAUCGAUAUUCAUGGCCACAUUAUUGGCAUGGGCUUGUCACCUGACCACAGGUACCUGUACGUGAACAGUCGUGCGUGGCCAUCGGGCUGCGUGAUUUCAGACCCCAUGUCUCCUCCGCCCAUAGCUGAAGAGAUUGACAUGCACGUGAUCGAUCUGAAGAGCCUGCGAGAGGAGCGGCGCAGCCUCCGUGCGCACCGAGCCUUCACCCCCAACGACGAAUGCUUCUUUAUUUUCCUCGACGUCAGCCGUGACUUUGUGGCCAGCGGUGCUGAAGACAAGCACGGCUAUAUCUGGGACCGCCAUUACAACAUCUGUCUGGCCCGCCUGCAGCACGACGACGUGGUGAACUCCGUGGCCUUCAGCCCCACUGAUCAGGAGCUCCUGCUCUCGGCCAGCGAUGACUCCACCAUCAAAGUGUGGCGCUCUCCACGCAUGGUGCGUCUGGCACGGCGCCCGACUCGAGCCCGUGACCUUCUCGCUUCCCUCCGAGCCCGCCGGAAUGCUAACGCUAAUUUGAAUGGCAAACUCCGAACAGGAAAAUCACCUUGAGAACGCGCACGGAGAGCAGGGACACGGUGAAAAACACUCCAGCUUCUAAGAUCACGAUUGCUUGGUCUCACUUUGACAAAAACGACCACGUUUCUAAUACCGUUACGAGUCGGCAUGUCUCGAGCGUGACGAGAGGGUCUUUGUGAAAGGAAAGACGCACUCUAGGGGCACAAAAAGAACCUCCAGUAGACGACUUCAUAGGAAAUCAGCUCUUGUGCUGCCAUUUUUGUUAAACAAAUUAAAAAAGGAAAAUGUGUCUGCAUUUAAAAAAACAAAACAAAACAAAAAAAGCUCACCAGUGUGUCGUAUUUGCUGUGGGUUGGUCCUCUGUAAGCAUGUUUUGUUGGAAACCAGACCUUUUUAAAAAAAUUUUUUUUUAAACGUGUAACAAAAUGAUAUAAAAUAUGUCCAUUCAGCUCCAGAAGUAUUGGCACCCUCCAUGAAAACGAGUGCAAAAGUAUCCGGAUAAUGUAUUGUUAUCCAAACAUAAACGUGUCUGUUUUAAUGCAGAAGUAUCGGCACUCCUACGUUUACUGUAUGGAAACGUUAACAUACUCUUCUUGUAAUGUCCAUUUAAGCGUCUUUUAUUCUUUACUUUGUGUCUGACUGCCCUCUUUGUUUCAGGAUGAAAGUUGUCAAUAGGGUUCAAAUCCAAAGACCGAGAUGAUGGGAUGACUGAUGUUAUGCUCCCGUGUUGAUCUAGAUGUAUGUUUGUGGAAAUGAUCUUAUUAAGGUCAAGUCAGAACCUCCUGGCGAAGGCAAGCGGGUUUUGCGUUAGCGAAUGCAUGUACUUGGCAGAAUUCAGGAUGCCAUCAGUUUAACUUUUGAGUGGGUUCGGCUGCUUUUUUCUUUUCCGUUUUCCCCAAACAUACUGAUGGCGUUCAUGGCCAAAGACGUAACUCUGAAUACAAUGCACAAUUGCAGUUCCAGUUAAGUUUGGAAAGGGUCAGGAAAGCAGCUUUUGUUAUUGAGGUGGCAUUCUUCUUUGACUUCCUCAGCUGUUGUGUAGACUUGUAAGCAAAUCUUAGUACGCAUGUCAACGUUUGCAUGUUUUCCAAUCUACUUCCUGACUUGUACAUAGGAACAAUCAUCUCUGUCUCUUGUACUGAGCUUAAAUGUUACAUGUGUGCAAUCACUUAUUGUUCAAAGACAGCAGUAGAAUCUCUGCAGACUGUGAACAUUUUAUUUAUAUAACUUUUGGGAUGACGUUUAUUUAAAAUAGUUUCGAAGUCAAUUUCGGCACGUAUGGGUCAAAAAAAAAAAAAAAAAAAAAGAGAGAUUUUCCUUAGAGCAGAGGAAUCGUAUGUAAUAUUUCAGACAUUCAUUCAUUUUUGCUGUCCUCAUGAUGGGCGCCAGUAUUUCUGGAGUUGACUGUAUGUGCAGAGUGAAGCUAUAUACAUUAAAUCCCUUUAUUGUCUUUUUAAUUAAAGAAACGUUGUAUCCAG